UGGUCAUCUAGUAUUCUCUUGGUCAUUCCCUUUUUGUUUGUCGAGGCAACUGACGUGACAACAACAGCAGAAAAGAAGGUAGAUUCUUUUGAGCAGAAAAGGAGAUUUUUAUCGAGUAGAGGAACUCGUCCAAAUCUCAGAAUUGUAGCUCGAGAACUAUCAGGAACUGAAUUACCAAACUCACGCUACCAGGGCUUUGAUCCAAAUCUUUCGUUCUUGUGGCUGAACAUUUUAAAAUGGCUAUGCAUAUUCGUGUUAAGCGUGAAAAGACAACCUACUUUGUACAAUGUGAUCCAACGGAGACAAUUUUAGAUAUCAAGCAGAAGUUGCACACACUCAUCGAUCAACCAGUUAAUGAUCAGCGCUUGAUAUUAUUAGAAACUGGUCAUGUAUUAGAGGAUUCCAAGACAUUGGCAGAUCAAAAGGUUGAAAAUGAUGUUAUAGUAGCACUAACAUUGAGGAAAGAUGAUACAGAGUUUGAGGAUAUCAAAAUUAACCAGCCAGAUGAAAUGCACAGUCCCCGUGAAGCAGAUGGGUUCUGAAUUUGGUAAGCUGAAAAGAUUAUCUUCCAAGAUGGAGUACGGCGAUUUGUUGUCAUUUGUAAGUGUCAGAUGGCUCGUGGAUUUCUAUACUUAUAUUAUAAGUUUAUAACAAAGCUGGGCUUUAAACUAGGAAGGUUAUCUGUUAGUGUUUUUAUUAUAGAUGAAGAAAGUAUGUGACAGUUAACAUAAUGACCUCGUAGUUUGUCUGGUUCAUCGUUUAUGAUUAUACUUUUGAGGAGGUUCCUACUCUGAGUGCCCAGUGCAAGGUUGGUUUUGUAAUCAUAACAGUAUUAUGAUAAGCAGCGGAAUUUGUAUUCUACGCAGCGAGUUAUUCAUUCACUUGUUUGCGUCUUUUA